AUGACUUCGACACAAAAGGUGGCGCUGGUAACCGGAGCGUCUGCCGGCAUUGGACGGACCGUUGCCGUGCGCCUGGCCGACAGCGGGUACAGUGUGGUGCUGGCAGCCCGAUCGAAAGACAGGCUGGAUGAGCUGCAGGAACAGAUCAGUGCCGCCGGUCAGACCGCUCUGGCGGUGGCGUGUGAUGUUUCCGACCCCAAUGACCUGACCUCGCUGCAUCAGCAGGCUGUGGAGCAAUUCGGGCGGAUUGACGUGCUGGUCAACAAUGCGGGUGUGGAGUGCUUUGAGCACUUUGAAGAGAUUGAAUUCGAUCGCAUUCUGCAGACGAUUGAAGUGAAUCUGACGGGCGCCAUUCUGCUGACGCGUCUGGUGAUUCCGACCAUGCUGGAACAGCAGUCGGGCUGCAUCAUCAACAUGGCGUCGACGGCCGGAAGGCACUGCCCGGCGUUUGGAGCGGUUUAUGGAGCGACGAAGAGUGCACUGAUUGGAUUCACCGAGGGUCUGCGCGGUGAGUUUCUGAAUCGCGGGAUCUCAGCAACCGCCAUUUGUCCAGGAUUCACUCAGGAUGGCGGUAUUUACGAUCGGAUGGUCGAGAAGACCGGUCGUCAGACGUCAUCGGCACUGGGGGGAACCACGGCCGAUGCGGUGGCGGCUGCGGUGCUGCGAUGUAUCGAAUCCCAGGCGCCGGAGGUGAUUCUGAACUGGCCGCCCAUGCGUCCGGUCCUGGUGCUGAAGCAGUUGUUUCCCAGACUGGGUGAAAAAAUCGCCUUGUCGGUCUCCCGCAGGUUCACUCAGCGGGUCGCCGAUGCCACCCGCGACUGA